AUGCAUUUACGAUUUGAACUAUUAAUGUUAGGAUUGCAUAAUAUCCUUGAACAACUUCGUGCUACAUCAUCUACCGUUUUGGAUGAUCAUUUUGAUUUGUUUGAAAUGAUUCGACAAGAAGAUGAACAACAUUUCACCAGAAGUGAUUCGGGUACAUCAACACCAAUUGAUGUGGAAAAUCCAACAGAUAUGAUUGAUAUAUUAAUGGAACGAUUGAAUAAUACUAUUGCAAUGCCUCAUUUCAUUUCCAUUUUACAACAUCUUAUGCUUCUAUCAUCUGAUCAUAAAAAUAUCAAUAUAUGGAGAUUACUUGAUAUUGUACUACAACAAUUGGUAUUACAUGUAAAAAUGGAUGUUUGCACUGAUAUACAAGAACCGAUUGUAAGCAUUGAUAUGAAUAAUGUUUUAUCGAGAUUACAUACACAAAAUGAAUAUGAUAAUCUUGAACGAAUAUAUAACGAAUUAGAGGAAGAAUUGCGAAAAGAACGAAUGCAUGUAAUUGAAUUGCAAAAUCGUUUGGCCGAUUAUGAUUUGCGUUCCAUUUAUUCCAGGACUAGCGCAGAUUCGACUGAUUCAACAUUUCCAUCCGAUCCAUGUCAAUCAUCAAGUUCAUCAACAUCAUCUUCAGUACCACCAAUAUGUCCACCAUCACAAUUACCACCACCACCACCACCGCCAUCAUCAUUAUUACAGCUUAGUAUCAAUGGUGAUCGAGUAUUAACAGAAACAAUUGAUAUGAAAAAGAUACCAAAAUCAAGGAUACAAUUAAAAACGCUUAAUUGGAUAAUAAUUCCAAAAGAACGAAUCAUUGGUACUAUUUGGGAGAAUAUUGAUGAGGAAAAAUUAUACCAACAGUUAGAUCUCGAAGAUAUUACACAAAAUUUUUCACUGAAUAAAGUAUCAAUUGAUGAAACAGAAUCAAUCAAUGAAACAUUACGUCGACAACGUACCGAAACAUUCAUUUCUAUUAUUGAACCACGUCGUGCCCAAAAUUGUACAAUUAUGCUAUCAAAACUUCGUUUAUCAAAUAAACAAAUUAAACAUGCUAUCUUAUCAAUGGAUCAAUACGGUGAAUUACCACGUGAUAUGAUCGAACAGAUGCUAAAAUUUCUGCCAACUAAAGAAGAAAUUUCAAAAGUAUGCGAAAUUGUGAAUAAAUAUAAAACACCCGGUGUAUUAUCAGUAGCAGAUCGAUUCUUUUAUGAAAUUAGCAACAUUCCACGAUAUGAAGAACGAUUACGUUGUUUGCAUAUUAUUAGUACAUAUCAUGAACGUAUCGAUGAUGUCACUAAUACUAUUAAAACAGUGACAAAUGCUUCAAUAGCUGUAACAAAUAGCAAACGUUUAAGACAAUUAUUACGUAUGAUUCUAGCAUUGGGAAAUUUCCUGAAUAACGGGAAACGUAAUGGAAAUGCAUAUGGAUUCACAUUAGCUUCAUUACGAUUACUCAUUGACGUACGUAAUUCAUUACGUUCCGAUCGUAAUUUAUUACACUAUAUUGUUGAACAAAUUGAAAAUAAGAAAUCAGAUGUGUUACGUCUAAAACGUGAUCUGGAAAGUGUUUAUCAGGCAGCAAGACAUAGUCGUAAAGAAAUUGAGCAAGAACUUUGUGCAUUACGGAAAUCAAUCACAGUUGUAACGGAAGCAUUAAACGGAAAUGAAACAGGAAAUGAUGAUGAUGAUGAUGCAUGGAAUAAUGAAUGUGAUCGAAAUGUUGAUCGUUUUAGCGAAGUGUUGAAGAAUUUCCUGAAUUCUAUUGAAAAUAAUUUUGCACAAGUUGAAAGGCAAUAUGGUGAUAUGAAUACUAAAUUCCGGGUAUGUGUACGAUUGUUUGCGGAAGAACCACGAACCACUUCACCGGAUGAUUUUUUUGGUGUAAUCUCGAAAUUUUUAACUGCACUAAUCGAAUGUCAUCAACAAAUUUGGGAAGAACGUGAGAAUUUGGAACGACUUAAAAAACAAACAUUAGCACGGUCAAUAUUGUCAAAAAAAUGUAAACUUUUUCAUUCGAAAAUUUAA